AUGGGCGAGUGGAAAGGCUAUAUCAGUGCGGUGCUGCGGGACCAGCGCAUUGAUGAUGUAGCCAUUGUGGGCCACUCGGACAAUCGCUGCGUGUGGGCAUCGCGGCCCGGGGGCCUGCUGGCAGCCAUCUCACCGCAAGAGGUGGGUGUGCUCACGGGGCUGGACCGGUGCACCUUUCUGCAGACAGGCCUAAGCGUGGCAGGCCGCCGCUGCUGCGUCAUCAGAGACCAUCUGCUGGCCGAGGGCGAUGGAGUGCUGGACGCACGCACCAGGGGGCUGGAUGGGCGCGCCAUCUGCGUGGGCCACACGCCACGCGCGCUUCUCGUGCUUAUGGGCCGACGGGGCGUGCAUGGGGGCAUCCUCAACAAGACCGUGCAUGAGCUGAUCCACUGGCUGCGCACUCAAGGCACUUAG